UAUUGUUAUUCUGUCGUUCGUCCGGACGAUUGCUUGCUGUCGGACUCGUUUUUCUUUCAUCGCUUCACUGUGGCCUCUCUAGAAUGUGAUUGCAAAUCUGUUGAUUUAUUAAUUGCAGUGGUAUAAUAGUGCUGUUGUCUGUGAUAAAAUGACGACUUGGUGAAAUAUGUGUUAGUAGUGAUUUUUAAGUUUUUGUAAAAUGGGUUUGAUAACGUCAAGGGAUCAGACAAUGCUGGACGGACCGGUCGCGUCGUCGAAGAGUCACCAUGUCCGCCAGCCGUCCACUAGGAACCGGACGAAGCCCCCGAUGCCGGAUCGGGACGAAUUGGAAAGCCGGUUCAUCAAAGUUCUGGCGUCAAUGGAUCUUCCACCGGAUAAGGCGAAGCUGCUACGAAACUAUGAUCUGGAGAAGAAAUGGGAGAUCAUCUGUGAUCAGGACAUGGUGCAAGCGAAGGACUCCCCAGGACACUACCUCAAUAAACUUAGAACGUAUCUGGACCCUAAAGCAUCUAGGAGUCAUCGGAAAAGAAAAAUGGUGGGCGAUUCAACUUCGACCCAAGUCCUCAGGGAUUUGGAGAUAUCAUUACGAACUAAUCACAUAGAAUGGGUCCGUGAAUUCCUCAACGAACAGAACCAAGGGCUGGACGUGCUGAUCGACUACCUGAGCUUCAGGUUGAGUAUGAUGCGGCACGAGCAGAGGAUCGCGUUGAUAAGGAGUCAGUCCAGUGAUGGUAUCAACCAAGCGAACACGACGACGUCGGAGUGCAGCGCGGGAGGUGGUGCGGAGGGCGCGGCGUCGCUGCCGGCGGCGUGGCGGCGCCGCGCGCGCUCCUCGGACGCGGAGAGCGAGCCCGCCAGCCCGGCCGCGGCGCGGCGCCGCACCCGGCACGCGGCCCGCCUCAACAUGGGCGCCUCCACCGACGACAUACACGUCUGCAUCAUGUGCAUGCGCGCCAUUAUGAACAACAAGUACGGCUUCAACAUGGUGAUCCAACAUAGAGAAGCUAUCAACAGUAUAGCCCUCUCGCUCGUACACCACUCGCUGCGGACGAAGGCGCUGGUAUUGGAACUGCUCGCGGCAAUAUGCUUGGUGAAAGGUGGACACCAGAUCAUACUGUCGGCGUUCGACAACUUCAAGGAAGUGAUUGGAGAGCCUAGAAGGUUCCACACACUGAUGGAGUACUUCAUGAAUUAUGACACGUUUCACAUAGAAUUUAUGGUGGCGUGUAUGCAAUUCGUGAACAUAAUAGUGCAUUCAGUGGAGGAUAUGAACUUCAGGGUGCAUCUGCAGUACGAGUUUACAACGCUGAAGCUCGACGAUUACUUAGAAAGACUGCGGCUGUGCGAGAGUGAAGACCUGCAGGUGCAAAUCUCAGCAUACCUGGACAAUGUGUUCGAUGUAGCGGCUCUGAUGGAAGACAGCGAGACCAAGACUGCAGCGUUGGAGAAAGUCAACGAACUAGAAGAUGAGUUGGGCCAUGCGCACGAGCGACUGACGGCGUUAGAGCGUGAGGCGAUUGCGAAGCUGGCCACGCUCGAGUCGGAGCUGGCGCACGCGCGGCUGGAGCGGGAUCAGCUAGCGGAGGCGCGGCGACAGGUCGUCGAAGAGGUGUCAACAUUGCGUCGCGCGCAACAGGAUUCCAGGAAUCGACAAUCAAUGUUGGAGUCCAAGGUGCAGGAGUUGGAAUCUCUCACAAAAUCAUUGCCCAGAGGGGCUUCCAUGGGUGCUAUAUCGGUUCACGCACUGUGCAACGGAACAACCAACGGGCCCGCGCACGUGCACACCAACGGACACGCGACACUGCCCAACGGCGGCGCGGCCCCGUCCCCCGCCCCCGCGCCGCCGCCCCCGCCGCCGCCCGCGCCCCCCGCCGCCGCCGCCGCCGCGCCCGCGCCGCCCCCCGCGCCCGCGCCGCCGCCGCCGCCGCCGCCCUCGCUGUCCGCGCCCCCGCCGCCCGCGCCCCCCGCGCCCGGCCUCAUGCCGCCGCCGCACCAGCACGACGCCAUGACCAUCAAGCGGAAGGUCGACACCAAGUACAAGCUGCCCACGCUCAACUGGAUCGCGCUCAAACCCAACCAAGUGCGAGGCACGAUCUUCAACGAGCUGGACGAGGAGCGUCCCCGGCGGCGUAUCAACUUCGCAGAGUUCGAGCAGAAGUUCCGCAUCGGAGGUGUGGGCGGUGCGGGGGGCGCGGGGGGAGCGGCCGCAGCCGGAAAUUGUGACGACACGCUCGCGUCCUUCCCUAGCAAGCGCUUCCGCAAGCCUGACACCGUCUCUCUGCUUGAGCAUACGCGUCUUAGGAAUAUAGCAAUAUCAAGAAGAAAAUUAGACACACCAGUGGAGAAGGUCAUCGCAGCAAUCAACAACUUGGAUCUGAAACAGUUACCACUAGAAAGCGUCGAGAUCCUUCAACGCAUGGUACCAACGGAGGCCGAGCAAAAAGCAUACAAAGAAUAUGUGGCAGAGAAAAAGAACAUCAACCAAUUAACGGAAGAAGAUAAAUUCCUCAUGCAAUUAGCCAAAGUUGAAAGGAUAUCAGCCAAGUUAUCGAUAAUGAACUAUAUGGGCAACUUCUUCGACAAUAUCCACUUAAUCACUCCUCAAGUACACGCGAUAAUCUCCGGUUCCUCAUCAGUCAAAUCCUCGCAGAAGUUGAGGAAUGUUCUAGAAAUCAUUCUCGCAUUCGGCAACUACCUGAAUAGCAGUAAACGGGGUCCCGCGUACGGAUUCAAACUCCAGUCUCUGGAUACGUUAAUGGAUACGAAAUCGACGGAUAAAAGGAUAUCAUUGCUGCAUUAUAUCGUGGCCACGAUUAGACAAAACUUCCCCGAGCUGAUGAACUUUGAUACGGAGCUGUUGUACAUAGACAAAGCGGCGCAAGUGUCCCUGGAAAACGUGGUGGCCGACGUGAGCGAGCUGGAGCGCGGCAUGGAGGCCUGCAGACGAGAGAGCGAGCAGCGACUCGCGCACCAGGCGCACGCCCACCUGCUGCGGGACUUCGUGAACAACGCCGCCGACAAGCUGCGCCGCACACGGCAGGAGACCAAGCACGCGCAGGACUCGUUCGCAGCCUGCGUAGAAUACUUCGGCGAGGCGCCGCGAGGAUGUGACGCCAACGCUUUCUUCUCGCUGCUCGUACGGUUUACGAGGGCGUUUAAGCAAGCAGACGCAGAGAACGAGCAACGCCGGCGGCUCGAGCAGGCGGCACAACAAGCCGACGCUAUAGACCCCGAUAAGGCCAAGCUCAUGCAGAAGAAACAACAGGAUGCUGUAAUCAACGAACUAAAAACGAAAUCACAGGCCGUCGGCGAGAAGAAGCUUCUCCACCAAGACGAGGUUUACAACGGGGCGCUCGAGGACAUUCUCCACGGGUUGCGAUCCGAGCCGUACCGGCGCGCUGACGCCGUCCGGCGGUCGCACCGGCGCCGGAUCAACUCCCACCGGCUGUCCAAAGGGCUCGAGGAGCUCGAUGUAUGAUACGAACUGGAAUCCAGUCACGCACUGGACCACUCGACCGUACAGAACGCCGUCAACUCGAUAAACGCGAGGUGUGCCACCGAUAUUGAUAAGAAAAAACGACGGAAAGACUUAGAAAUGGUGCACAAAAAACAGCCCAUAGCUGUAUACAAUAUAGAUGAGAAGGUUCUAGAUUAUUCUAUGGACACGCAUCAGGGGAGUAAUGUGAGACACAAGUCGUCGUACAGAGUGGCGCCGGCAGAAUGCGAUGUGGAGGAGCGCUGCGAACUGAUCAAGUCCACAUACGAUGUGAUUACGAAGUAUACGCGCGCCAUGUUUGAUAGUAAGAACGAAACCGUCGUGUGAGCGAUGUGCCUACAUUUCUUGUUUUGGACGUAUAUUGCACUUGUUUUUGGAUGUUAAAAUACCUUUAUUUAUUAAUAAACUGCCCGAUUUCUGGGUUAUGUAUAUCUAUAUAUAAUAUGAAGCUAAUAUCCUUAUGGAAUAAAGUACAUUAAAUGGUAAAGGAAUUAUUCGUAUAGGUGCAAGAACAACCACUGAUUUAAGAUACACAAACUAAUAAACCGCUCUGUCAAUAUCGCUAUCACUAAAUUAUUAAAAAAAUUAAGGUUGUUACAAGGUUGCUACUGGGUGCUGUGUAAAUUAUUAACUUCUUGCCAUUAUAACAUGAGCUUUAUUCAAAGGCAAUAGAGUGCAAUAUACGCAAUAACAACUUUCGAUAUGCCUACAAAAUCAUUCCACGCAACGUGCAUCAGUAUUUUGCUACUAACAAUUUACAAAUAUUUUUAUUUCUAUACAAAAAGCUUAGCUUUUAAUGUCUUUCGUGGCCCAUAGCUGAUCAGUUUUAGUUCGGUCUCUCUCUUACAUUGGACGGUAGAAAGAGAUAGAGCGAGCUAUAGGCGUUUCAGUAGCGCUAGAUACGGCCUUUGACAACGCCCAGUUUUCUACACACUUUUUCAAAAUACCAUUGUAAUUUUUUACGUGUAAUUAUAUAGAUAUAAAAUUAAACAGUGUCCUUAAUAUUAAUAUAAUGAAUAUUAUACACAAUAAUUAUAUGAACCAAAAUAUAAUGGGGUUUUCAUGUAAACAUUUUAUUAUAUAAAUUAUAUGCAUUUAUACAUUUUUAGCGUUUUAUAUUUACCAAUAUUUGUGAUAGUUCAAAAUGGUUCUCUCUAUAUU